CGAGUGUAGAGUAGAGGGGGUGAGAGCGAAAGACACGACUGAGAGCGAGACCAGGAGAAUGAAAAAAAACUGCGUUCUAGCGAACAGUUAGAAAGAGUCCGCUAGGUUCCUUUUCUGGGUCGUACGGACGUUGCAGCGCUUCCCUUACUUUUAUGCAAAAGACAACGCAAUUGAUCGUCCCAUCAAGGUCUGGGGUGCUCCUCUUCAGAAUAUCCUGCUCUUACAUGGUAACAAACACGGGAGAUAGACAGGGCGUGUAAGAUGGCAGUGUGGAUCCAGGCCCAGCAGCUGCAGGGGGAGGCAUUACACCAGAUGCAGUCUCUCUACGGACAGCACUUCCCCAUCGAGGUGCGCCACUACCUGGCCCAGUGGCUGGAGGGCCAGCUCUGGGAUACGAUCGACUUGGAGAACCCCCAGGAGGAGUUUAAGGCCAAGCGUCUGCUGGACAGCCUGAUCCAGGAGCUUCAGAACAAGGCUGAGCAUCAAGUGGGGGAGGAUGGCUUCCUGCUCAAGAUCAAACUGGGACACUACGCUGGCCAGCUGAAGAGCACGUAUGACCGCUGUCCUCUGGAGCUGGUGAGAUGCAUCAAACACAUCCUGUACACGGAGCAGAGGCUAGUUAGAGAGGCCACUAAUUCUAGCUCUCCGGUGGGCGGGAUGUUGGACAGCAUGUCCCAAAAGUACCAGCAGAUUAACCAGGCGUUCGAGGAACUGCGCCUGCUGACCCAAGACACGGAGAAUGACCUGAGAAAGCUCCAGCACAACCAGGAGUAUUUCAUCAUCCAGUACCAGGAAAGCCUCCGCAUCCAGGCCCAGCUGACCAGCCUUGCUACACUGCCCCCUGCUGACAGACAGCUGAGGGAGCCCACCCUACUGAGCAAGAGAGCCACCGUGGAAACCUGGCUGACCCGGGAGGCCAACACACUACAGAAAUACAGACUGGACCUGGCUGAGAAGCACCAGAAGAGUUUGCAGCUGAUGAGGAAACAGCAGACCAUUAUCCUGGACGAUGAGCUGAUCCAGUGGAAGAGACGGCAACAGCUGGCUGGCAAUGGGGGUCCUCCAGAGGGGGGGCUGGACAUCCUGCAGUCCUGGUGUGAGAAGCUGGCAGAGACUAUCUGGCAGAAUAGGCAGCAAAUCAGGAGAGCAGAACAUCUGAGACAACAGCUGCCCAUACCUGGACCCAUUGAGGAGCUACUGAACGACCUCAACAGCACCGUAACGGACAUCAUCUCAGCACUGGUCACCAGCACCUUUAUCAUAGAGAAGCAGCCCCCACAGGUGUUGAAGACCCAGACCAAGUUUGCAGCCACAGUGCGCCUCCUAGUGGGUGGGAAACUCAACGUGCACAUGAACCCCCCACAGGUGAAGGCCACCAUCAUUAGCGAGCAGCAGGCCAAGGCUCUUCUGAAGAACGAGAACACCAGGAAUGACAGCAGUGGAGAGAUCCUAAACAACAACUGUGUGAUGGAGUACCACCAGACUACAGGAACUCUCAGCGCCCACUUCAGGAACAUGUCUUUGAAGAGGAUCAAGCGCUCAGAUCGGCGAGGUGCUGAGUCUGUGACAGAGGAGAAGUUCACCAUUCUGUUUGAGUCCCAGUUCAGUGUUGGGGGAAACGAGCUGGUCUUUCAGGUUAAGACGUUAUCACUUCCUGUGGUCGUGAUCGUACACGGUAGCCAAGACAACAACGCCACGGCGACGGUGCUGUGGGACAACGCUUUUGCUGAACCGGGGCGGGUGCCCUUUCUGGUCCCCGACAAGGUGCUGUGGCCCCAGCUGUGUGAGGCCCUCAACAUGAAGUACAAGGCCGAGGUGCAGAGUAACCGUGGCCUCUCGGAGGAGAACCUGGUGUUCCUGGCCCAGAAAGCAUUCAGCAGCUCCAGCAUCAACCCUGACGACUACCGUAACAUGACCAUGACCUGGUCCCAGUUCAACAGGGAGAGUCUACCUGGCAGGAACUUCACAUUCUGGCAGUGGUUCGAUGGGGUCAUGGAACUAACAAAAAAACAUCUCAAACCACACUGGAAUGAUGGGGCGAUCCUGGGCUUCGUAAACAAGCAGCAGGCACAGGACAUGUUGAUGUCCAAACCUAACGGGACUUUCUUGCUCCGCUUCAGUGACUCUGAGAUUGGGGGAAUCACCAUUGCCUGGGUGGCUGAGAACCCUAAUAAAGCAGGGGAGAGAAUGGUGUGGAACUUAAUGCCAUACACAACCAAAGACUUUUCCAUUCGCUCUCUGGCUGACCGCAUCAGCGAUCUGAACCACCUGCUGUUCCUGUACCCAGACCGACCCAAGGACGAAGUCUUCUCCAAAUACUACACGCCCCUUCUGUCCAAACCAGUGGAUGGAUAUGUGAAACCGCAGAUCAAACAAGUAGUGCCAGAGUUCACCACAGCCAAUCCCGACCCAACGACCAACCCCACGUACAUGGAUCAUGGUGCCUCCCCUGCUGUCAGUCACCCUCAAAACUACGGCAUGUACCCACCCAUGAGUGACUCAAUGUUAGAUGCGGACGGUGACUUUGACCUGGAUGACACCAUGGACGUGGCACGACAUGUGGAGGAGCUGCUGCGGCGACCGAUGGAGAGCCAGUGGAGUGGGCAGCAGUCGUGACCUUCAACCUCUGACCCCUGACACCAAGAAAAGAACCCUGCCCUUUUUGACAUUUUUGUGGGUUUAAUUCCAUUAAUUUCCACCUGUUUUAUUUCAGAGAGCUAUAAUGUGCAAUGUUAAUAAUGGUUGUGAUGGUUUUUUUGUUUUGUUUUGUUUUGUUUUUAGCACGCAAACUGCAUGUCUGUGACCUUUGUUUCAGUUGGUCUCCUUAUAUAUCUGUAAACCAGACUAGUUAUAAAUGCAAAAAAAAAACAUGUUACAGUAUUGUAUGAAAAAGAAAUGUAAUUAAAUUCAUGCAUGUAUUUUUAUUUGAUCACAAUGCUAACAAAGGUUUUUGGAAGAGGGUGCUCAACAACCAUAGGAGAAAUUAACUACUGUACGAUGUAAUACCUUCCUAUUGUUUUGUUAUUUUAAUCUUGUAAAUGGUUAAUGAUUUUUUUGCAUCUAAUACGCCAUCUGCCAAAAAAAAAAGAACUUGAAGAAUGUGUUGUUGUUAGCCAGUUCCAACCAAUUGACAACAGAUUUUUGAUGCAAAAAUCCACCUGAAGAAAAUUUGCAAAUGUUCCCACCAGUGGUGUGUUUCAACAAAAUAGGAGUGGCUGUGAUAACGAGGGUUAAUAUGAGGCUGAGGCCUGGCCCAUUAUGUUAAUUCUGCCUAAAAGAUCUGAUAAUAAUCAAAUCCGAUAUUUAACAGAAGUUGUGCAGCAUUAUUGGAGGAUAUUUAUUCUUAUAUUCUGUCAAGUAAGAGCUAUGUAUAAAGUUGAGACUAAAUCCCAAUCGCUAAAGAUCGCACGCGCGAUAUGUACUGUAGGCAAUCAGACAGAUUGAGUUGGGAUUCAUUAAAUGAACCUGAAAUAGUACUUCACAAUAUAUAGAAAUAUGAUCGCAAUAAAACAAUGAAAAUUAUAUGCGAAAGAAAAUGUGCAAUUACAAUAUUGUAACGCUAUUGUGUGAACAUAAGCAAAUUGACGAAUUGUAGGCUAUCCAUAUAGCCUAGUCUAACUUUUUACGAAGACAUAGAUGUGUCCAGACAGACAUCUGCGCAUAACCAUUAUUAUUUAGGCUAUAGUUGGCCUGAUAGCCUACCAAAUGUCAUAGAUGUAUUUAUUUUAUUUUUGUAACAGAUGUCUUUUACCCAUUUAUCAAAUUGCAGGUUCACAUUGGAACUCGAAUGCUGGAAUUAUUUUAGUGAUAGUGCGCUGCCGGGUAAACAGGAUCGUCUGUUGAAAUGAUUGACAGUUAUAUGAAAACAUAAUUACUGGUUGUUUUUACAAAAUGUUAUCUAAAGGCUAUUCUGCCUAUUAGCCCAUAGAGUUUGUAGUCUACUAAAUGAAUAGGAAUUGUGUGUGCAAACAUUUAGGUAUAUGUUUAGGUAUGGCUUCAAAAAUAUCUUCACUAGGCUAUUAAUGGGCUAAAGUGAUUUUAGUCAGUUCGCUCUUUUCUGUGUUUUUCAAAAUGAAUCCCCUCAUCUGAUGCAGUCUAACAUGACAAUACCGUUUUGUAAAAUGCAACCAUGUAAUUACACAAAAGCAAUGUACAGAGGUAACGUUUUGUAAUGAAGGUCUGAUUGGGGAGCUAUGGUGAAGCGUGUUGGGAAGCAGAGGUCACUGGGUUGUGUGGGGGUUGAGUUUAGCUGGGAUAUCUGCACGUAAACCAAUUAGCUUGUAUUGAGGGAGUCCCAAUACUUGGACACUGGCUUAUACAGUGCAUCUGUUGAAGUACUUCCCCUAUACGUGGAUGACUAUUAGUGAAGAUGCCCGAGUCAUGUUGCCUGGUCUGGCUGGCAGUCUGUCUGUCGCUAUGUCUGUCCCUAGUCCGGUGUCCUGUUUGAUGUCAUAUGGUCACUUCACUAAACCUGCAUGUGCAUGUCUGUCUCUGUGUGACUACCCGAUUCCAGCUAAAUAACUAGCUUGGUGUGUAGAUAAUAUUUGAGACCACUAAACUCUUGACUCAUCAUAGAGUUGGGAAAGGAAAUUCUGGCUUAUUCCCCCUUGUAGAGCCGAUAUGUUGUAGGGGAUGAUAUACUCCCAGGAGUAUCGGCUUCUGGGGAUACACCUUAACUACAGCACGCUAACUGAACGUAAUAUGACGAUAGACCCACCUGUUGCCAUGGUUAUGCUGUAAACCCCUACACACGAGCCGUCGGACAAUGUAAUGACCACAUGCUGUAACACUACACAAUCCGGACUUCCUCGCAGUCUUAUACACUCACACCCUUCUCUCAGGAACGAAACCCUAUUUUUGGUUGAUUUCAUGAAGUUAAAAUGAAAUAGUCGACCUGUACACCUUAUAUGAAUUUAUUUUCUGUACCAUAAUUCUAUUUUAUUACAGUCUACUUCUGUGGUCCCUCUGAAUAUUACCCGUUUGCACGACCUGAGGAGGGCAGUCACCUGACGAAAUGGAAGUCAAUGCAAUUUCAUUAGAAGUACUACCUUUACCCGCAACUAAAGGAGCUAGAAAUCAGCUAAUAUUUAGUUGCGGAACGUUACAUAGGCUUGCAGAAACGUCGAACCUCGGUAGGGCUUGGCAAAACAUGUUUCUCUUCAAAAAAGGCACGUGUGUAAUCUCUGUGUACUAUAUUUACCAUCCGGUGAUUGAAUUUGUUCCUCGCUAUCAACAAAGUUGUUAAAAAUCGGGUUUUACCAGGUGCGACUAAGAAAACAGUCAUAUUUUUUCAUUACAUUUCAUUGUGUCAUCUAUACUCACCGAAUUUGAAAAAGGUUGUAUUACUUUUUUCUUAGUCACAUCUAAAGAUUAGCUAAUAUCUAUCUAAUUUGAUUGCGGUAGAAACUAUAGAAGUACCAGAUAGAAGUCAUCCGGCAAACGAGAACAUUUCUUAUGUGCUUGUUUGUUCGGCUGAAAUUAUUUAAAGUAUUUUCUCAUGUGUUGAUUUUAUUUUUCCAGGUCAAAAUAAUUAGUUUUUCGUCUUUGUAUUUCUUGAUUUUACUUGUGUUUUUUUGAAGAGUUAAAUCUAAAUGGGAAUUAUUGUGAUGUUUCCUUUUUUUAAACAUUCUUCUGAUAAUUUCAAACUUUUAUCUGUUUUCACCUUAGUCUAUGUACUCUGGAAGCUGUACGUGGCACUGUGUUUUGUUCAGUGUUAGUUUCAUGUUUGUGGUUUUGGUUUUAGUACAUGGGAUGUGUUACAAGAAAACCUGCAACUGAAUUGGGAAAAAAAUAAAGUUUUAUAAAUAAUUCCCACAGUAA